UCUCGGGUUGCCUGCCCAUCCCAUCCUCCUCUCCUUGAUAAACUCCGUGGUCCGCACCGAGCCGAGCCACGCACAGGCAGGCACUGGCACGCUCGCACGCACGCACGCACCAGCACCACAUGCAUGGUGGAGCCUAGCACGGGCAGCUAGCUAUAGCUCCCCGCCGCCGGCGACGACCACCACCACCACAUGUUGCAUGAGCAGCAGGCACCGCCAUCACCACCGCCGGAAGUAGAAGCAGCGCCACCGCCCGUGCCAUCGGCGCCGAGCCCGGCCAGGAACCACCACCACCACGACGGCGACGGCGACGUCCACGAUGUCGAGGUCACGACGUUCCGCGACAUCCACCCUCUGACGCCCGACGUGCCGACGCCCCCCGCGCGCACCAGGUCCUGGGACACCGCCAGCCACCGCUCCUUCUCGUCCGAGGAGCAGUUCAUGACGAUGAGCCGCGAGUUCACGGCCAUGGUCGCCGCCGGGGCGACCAUGCAGACAGGCGGCGGCGCCAACGGUAACGGCGGGUACGACGGCGACCAGCUCACCAGCAUCGGCGAGGACGAGCUGGAGGAGACCAACCCGCUGGCUAUCGUCCCCGACAGCCACCCCAUCGCCACGCCCGCCAGGUCCAGGGCGUCCGCCGCCGCCUCCGCCUCCGGGCUGGAGGUCGUGCCGGCGCCGACGCCGACGCCGCAGCAGCCGCCCGCGCACGUGGAGGCCAGCCAGGUGAAGAAGGAGGAGGUGGAGACCAAGGUGUCGGCGUGGCAGACGAACGAGGUGGCCAAGAUCAACAACCGCUUCAAGAGGGAGGAGGUGGUCAUCAACGGCUGGGAGACCGAGCAGGUGGAGAAGGCCUCCGCAUGGCUCAAGAAGAUCGAGAGGAAGCUGGACGAGCAGCGCGCCAAGGCGGUGGAGAAGACGCAGAACGACAUCGCCAAGGCGCGGCGCAAGGCGGAGGAGAAGCGGGCGUCAGCGGAGGCCAAGCGAGGCCUGAAAUUGGCCAAGGUGCUGGAGCUCGCCAACUUCAUGAAGGCCGUCGGCAGGGUGCCCACCAAGCGCUCCUUCUUCUAGCCGGCCGAUCUAUCCCUGGCACCUCCGAUCCCCAGUGCUGCUGCUACUGCUGCUGCCUAAAGCUACGACCAUAGCUAGCUCUCUCUGUGUCCCUGCGUGAUCGAUGUACGCUCGACGCUGCAUCCGAGAACCUAACUGUAAAAAAGAAAAAUUGUAAGCUGUAUACGUACUGCCUGCUGGUUCCCUGUGAUGCCUGUGAUCCAUCACAGGGUGGCCGUUCUUCUCCUUUUUUUUUUUGCUGGCUUGUACUAUAUAUCGAUCCAUAUGGUGGUGCUUGAACGAACUGUUUGCUUAACCCUGCAAACAUACAGUACUCCAUUACAUUCAGAAACCACAACACUGCAACUAAGAGCUGUUUGUUACUUGUUCAGGAAAUAGAAUACGGCCACAUUGCAUCGCUGCAGUGGGUGAAGGUUUUUCUUUGAAAUGAACGUGAAGGUUUUUUUCUU